GCGCCGCUUCAUAAAUGCAUGGAAAUCUGAGGCGGAACUAGUUGUUCAAACUAGACAAGUGCUCGGCGAGGAUCUGUGCAGCUGCAAAUAGUCAGGAUAUCAUAUAAAAUGGCUGGUGGGAAGGCUGGAAAAGACUCCGGGAAGACUAAGACAAAGGCCAUUUCGCGCUCACAGAGGGCGGGUUUGCAGUUCCCUGUGGGCCGUAUUCACAGACAUCUGAAAUCCAGAACAACGAGCCAUGGUCGAGUUGGCGCGACUGCAGCUGUUUACAGCGCGGCUAUUCUUGAAUACCUAACUGCUGAGGUUCUGGAGCUGGCAGGAAACGCAUCAAAGGAUCUGAAGGUCAAGCGUAUCACUCCACGUCACUUGCAACUGGCCAUUAGAGGCGAUGAGGAGUUGGAUUCUCUCAUCAAAGCAACCAUUGCUGGUGGUGGUGUCAUCCCUCAUAUCCAUAAGUCACUGAUUGGAAAGAAGGGACAGCAGAAGACUGUAUAACCCUGCAAACAGUGAUAUGGGGUCAUCUCAGGACAUUCUGCUUCAAAAUGGUUCAACAAUGUUUUGCUUGGUAGAACUUUAGGACUUUUUAAAUGUAUGAACUUGCAUCUACUCAUCUGAGGAAAAGUGGCUUCAGAGAAGCUGGUUUUGAUUUUUGGCUUUGUUGAUACAACUGCACUUAUUGUGUGUUCUGUUUUUAUCGUGUACAUUUUGGCAUACCUGUGGUAUUUCCAUGUUUGAAGUUGUAUUUGAAUAAAGCGCCACGGUAUUGUG